AUGUUCAUUUUGUAUCUACUCUAUUUGCUGAGCACUACCUUAGGCAAGCUUUAUCCACAUCAAGGGUGAGGCGGAACUGUGAAUUUAAAUGCAGCAAGUGAUUCUUAUUGUACCAUUCAAAAUACACAACAAAGUCUUUUGGGAAAAUGCCAAAUUACGUGCAGCGUAGAAGGAGAAUUAAGUGUUUUGAUAAAUUCAGGGAGUUCAACUUACUAUGAUUUUUACCAGUGCCAUAAGCAAUGCCAAAUUAGUUCAAUUAAUGUAACAACUGCGUACUCAUCAACUCCUUACAAUAUUUCAAUUACUGGGUCUAAUUUUUAUUCAUCUGGAGAUUAUUCCUGUGCUAUUGGGAAUUAUUAUUUCGCAGCCUACAUUGUCUCCACUACACAAGCUAUAUGUGAGUAUACUUCCUUGCCUCCAGGAACUUAUGCACUUUCACUUUCUCCAAAUCAUGCUACGUAUACAAAUAGUUUGCAAAUUACUGUUCAAGUUACACCUUUGAUAUUAUCAAUUACUCCUGCAAAGAGCUAUUAUCCUGCUACAUUAAGUUUAAAUGGAAAAUAUCUAUCUACGGCAUUCUACUGCUCGUUUGGGAGCUCAAAAUCGCAAUUGUAUUCAAUUACUGGAACAUCUGCUAGCUGCGAUGCUCCAAGCAAUACCGUGGGAAGCAUUAGCCUGACUAUUGUUGAUAGCCAAGGUAUUUCACUUAGCCAAGUUUAUCAGGUUAACGUGAUUAGUAAAAUUUCUAUUACAAGUACCUAUCCAGCUCUAAUUUUUUAUAACUCUUUAGAAGUUUAUGUAAAAGGAGAGAUCUAUGGAGAUCUGUCUUGCAGCUUCAACAGCAGCAACACAAUUUCUGCAGAAGUUAUCUCAAGUGAUGUUUUAUUAUGCAACACUGCCACUUUAUCGGACGGGACAUAUACACUAGGUAUAGUCGAUUCAAGCGGAAAAACAGUUUCAUCUAAUUACUUAACCGUUUAUAAGCUAACUGGAUCCACAACAGAAUCAUCUACUUUGUUAAGCAAUGGAGAUGUAGAAAUUAAUUUAGUAUCAAAUUUGAAUUUGGGUCAAAAUUUAUACUGCAAAUGGGGAAAUAAUGCAGGGCUCUUAAUGAAUGUUAUUUCAGCAAACUUAUAUAUGUGCUCGCUAUCAAAUGUAUUGGAUGUUGGCACAUGAUGCCUAGAAAUUUCGUUUGAUUAUGGUGAUAGCUAUAGCAAUAGUUGUAAGCUAGAAAUAAGCCGUUUUCGGCAGGGGUUGUUAGAGAGUAUAAAUCCAGAGCAAGUUAUGCUGCAAGGAGCAAAUAUAACUGUUCAUGGAUUUUAUUUGGAGAGCGGGCCAAGCUAUUCAUGCAUCUUUAAUGAUGGAUCGACAUCACAAACAGUAGCAGCUUCUAACCCCCUCCAGUAAUAAGCAAAUUCUUGCUUUCGUGCUACGGAAUUUUCAAAUAGCAAUUUUAUAUGAAUAAAUCGAGAUUUGCUCAUUAUUGUAGGGUAGAUGUACGAAAUUUGCAUUUUUUGCGUUUAUCUGAAAUCCCCAAUAAAAGCAAAGUUUGAUCUAUUCAUAUAAAAUUUACUAUUUGAAAAUUUUGUUCCAUGAAAAAGCACGAAUCUAUUUAUUACUUGGGGAUUAAGAACAAUUUUGAUCUUUACUGCUACUCUCCUUCUGCUAGUUCAGCUGGAAAACAAACACUAUCAAUUGAUCAAGAUCUAAAAACUAUUGCACAAUUCUCAGUGAAUUAUGUCAAUUCUGCAAAUAUUGUUUCUGCUAGUCCAAAUAUAAUUAGCAAAUCUGGCUCAACCCAAAUGUCGAUUUCUGGGUCAAACUUUCAAAAUUAUUUAUAUGAUGGCACUGAAACAAAAUGCAAAUGAACUUUACCCAGUGGGAACACUUACUAUACACAAAUUCAAUAUCUUUCGUCAUCGCAAAUAAAUUGUUACUCACCUAAUAUACAAGCAGAAACAGAUUUCAGCUGAUCAACAGUAUCAGUAUUGAAUUUAGACAGCAGCAGCUCAAAUGAUAUAAGCUUGCAGAUAGCUGAUCCCCCAGCCCUAACAACUCAAAUCCCAAAUCAAAUAAUGGAAGGAUAUAUGAUGUAUUUAUUCCUGGAUGGCUCAGGAUUUAUAAACUCUGAUUUAUUAUCAGUCAAAAUCUCUCAAAAUGGAAAUCUUGUUAUGACGACUGCUGCAAGCUGGAUAUCUGAUUCCUUGGCUUCUUUUAAAAUUUACUUAACGAUCUCAAACUUUUUUCUUGGCUCUUUAUCAAUUUCAGCUUCAAAUAAUGGCCAAGAUUUUUCGAAUUCCCUUGAUAUAAAAUAUUACCCCCACCCUUAUCUAGGAAAAUUGCAGUUUGAAGGUUCUCCGUUUAUUGGAGGAGACACGCUAACUGUGUAUGGAAAUGGAUAUAUUGAAGAGUUAUCUUGUAUAUUUGGUGAUAUAAGCGUUUCUGCUACAGUGAAGAGCUAUUCAUCCCUUCAAUGUAUCACUCCUUACCAUUCAACAGGCACAGUUGAUUUUAAAUUAGAAAUGAAUAACUGAAUUUUUGAUGUGAAUCCGCUGACUUUUGAAUUUAUUGAUCAUAUUGAGUAUUCUUUAGAGCCUUCUCAAGGCAAAUCUUCUGGAGGAACGACUGUCACAAUUGUAGGAAGCUACUCAAAUAUUUUACUUUCAAACUCAGAUAUAAGGUGCAGGUUUGGCAGCACUUAUACAGUGGGCACUAUAGUGGGUAAUCAAAUCACAUGCACAUCACCUGGGGGAACAGGAUCUAUUUAUGUGGAUAUUUAUGUAGAUGGAAUUAUUUAUUCUCCACUAGAUGGCCCAUCAAACUCUUUUCUUUAUACCAGUUAUCCAUCAAUCACUGGCUUAUCCAUCACAAAAGGCCCAUCAAGAGGGAAUACUCCAGUCGUUCUUCAAUGCAGUGGCUGUGAUAAUUCCUAUCAGUGGUGGUGCUUAUUUGGCGAAGAAUGGUCAAUAGCUGCAUUUAUAAGCUCAUCAAAAGUUCUCUGCUUGGCUCCUUCUCAAUUAUAUGGGUCAGAUGUAAGUGUAUCUCUUUCAAAUAAUAAAGUAGAACUUGCUAGCUCUUCAGCUAAAUAUACAUAUUAUCUAGAUGUGCAGGUCACUUCUGGCACUUCUUUAUCAGGCCCAAGAACUGGUGGAACUUUAGUAACGAUUACAGGAGUAUCAUUAGACCCUGCAAUUUCCUGCAUUUUUGGGGAUCAGAGUGUUUCCAUAGCCUCUCUUUCGACUCAUCAACUCACAUGCAUUUCGCCAGCAUAUUAUCCAGGAGGCUAUGUGCCAUUUAAAUUGACUGGGAAUGGUGUAGGGAUAACAGAUUCAAGCCUGAAAUUUUAUUACUUUCCUGAUAUCAUGGUCACUAGCAUAUCACCUAACAUUAUUCCAAGCUCUGGUGGAACUUUAGUUACAAUCAAUGGAGCAAACUUUUUUGAGUAAAUUUUAUGUAGUGGAGUUUAUUGCAAGUUUGGGUCAACUGUUUCAAAAGCAGCUUAUAUAAGCAGCACACAAAUCACAUGUCAAGCUCCAAAGCAGCUUUCUGGAAGCGAAAUUGUAUUGAAUCUUUCAGGCGAUAAUCAGAAUUUCGUAGAUUUUAAAGAAAUAACGACACUUUCUAUAUAUUCUGAUCCAACAAUUUCUACCAUUUCUCCGACUGUAGUAACCGAAAAUACCAUUAUAAAAAUCAGCGGGUCCGGCUUUAUAGAUACAAGCAACUUCAUCUGCAAAAUUGGAGGAGUCUCCUCCCCAUGAAGAUUUUUAGCUUCGAAUCAGUUUUAUUGUAUUAACCCUGAUCUGUCAACAGACCAAGCUGAAAUCGAUGUUUCCCUAAAUUCCCAAGACUUCUCAAAGCUCUAUACAGUUAGCAACACCUAUGAACCAUUUGUUUUAUACGCAAAACCUUUCAUUGGAAGAACACAUGGAGGAGCAUCGGUUUCAGUGAUAACAACAAAUGUCAUAAAUGGUCCAUACAUAUCUUGUCUAUUUGAGAUGUACUAUCCUCAAUACUCAGGACUUACUAAUCAGUUUAUUGUUUCUGCUUCUUACCAAGACGAAACAACAAUGAUAUGUGUUUCACCUCAAGUGAACUAUCCAGGCACAGCAAAGAUAAGGGUAUCCAAUGAUGGCCAGCAAUGGUCAAAUUCUUAUGCGGCAUUUUAUUAUAUCGAGACAUGCAAGGAUGGCAUGGCAUGCAGCGAUAACAGCAUAACUCAAUGCUCAAAAGGAAAAUACUGCCUUGAACAGGCCUGGUAUCAAGAAAUGAGCUGCGCUUAUGGGUCGUAUCAAGACGAAAUUGGGCAAAACACAUGCAAGCCUUGUCCUUAUGGGUCUAUAUGCCCUAGCCAAGGGAUGACCACUCCAAGCAACUGCCCUGACAAUAAACUCUGCGGAGGGUAUGAAUUAAUUUAUCCAACAGGAGAUUGUCCAGACGGAUUUUCUUGAAGCUCAACAUCCAGAAGUUUCUCAAUUUGCACAGAAGGGAUAUAUUGUAAGGCUGGAUCAAAUAGCACUUGCUAUGAUGGGUUUCUAUGCUCAAUGGGAAGUGAAGAAUUUUAUGGUCAGUCAAGCUGUCCUCCUGGAUUUUACUGCACAGGUAAUGAAAUAAUUCCUUGCCCACCAAGGUACUAUUGCAGUGGAGGAGCAAACACAAAGCCCAUAGCUUGCCCAGUUGGGACUUACAACAGUUUAAUAGGUCAGAGAAACUGCACAGCUUGUCCGAUUGGCUACGUGUGUCCACACAAAGCAUUGAUCCGCCCUCAAGCAUGCCCGCCUGGGUAUAUAUGUGACACUGAGUCCUUGCGAUUCCCUGAAAAGCUAUGCACUGCAGGAUAUUACUGCAGCGGAAGCGUAGAAACAGCUUUUACUUCAAGGCCAUGCUAUGCCAUAACAUCAAAAAAUGCAGAAAAUUCAGGAUAUUGUGGGUAUAAUGUAAUGAUAGGGAUUAAUGAUACAGACAAUUACUCAAGCAAGCUGAGCCAAUUCAGCUAUACAGGU